AGUUCCCUACUAGACUCACACAACAACUCUUCCAGAACCUGAGAGAGGAAUCAUAUUCAGCAACCAGGGGCUGAGGAAGGAGGCUUACAGACUCAGAAAUAAAGCAAGAAACCCAAAACGAGAUCCCACUGAGAUCUAUAGACUGAGGACGACAGAAAGAGACUUUCUUUUGACUUAAAGAAUAUUGAACGAUGGCUUCAGGAAAAGUUACAGCUAUGCUCCUCAUUGCCCUGCUCUCCUGGGUAUGUGAUGCCCAAGAUUGCAGUGGAGAAUGCCAGUGCCCACAGAGGGUACCUGAAUGUGAACCUGGUGUCAGUCUCGUACAGGAUGGAUGUGGCUGCUGUAAAGUAUGUGCCAAGCAGCUGGGUGAACUUUGCACCGAGAAAGAUGUGUGUGACCCCCACAAAGGACUUUUCUGUGAUUUUGGGUCAAGAAUGAACAGGAAAAUUGGAGUUUGCACUGCCAAGGAAGGUGCCCCAUGUGUAUUUGGAGGUAUGGUCUAUAGAAGUGGAGAGUCUUUCCAAAGCAGCUGCAAGUACCAGUGCACCUGUCUAGAUGGAGGAGUGGGCUGUGUUCCACUGUGCAGCAUGGACAUUCGUCUCCCCAGCCCAGACUGUCCCUUUCCAAGAAGAGUUAAACUACCAGGCAAAUGCUGUGAAGAAUGGGUCUGUGAUCAACCUGUGGAAAGGACCAUGGUUGGACCAGCUCUUCCAGCUUUCAGAAUGGAGGAAACUUAUGGUCCUGAUCCUUCUCUGAUCCGAGCCAACUGCUUGGUGCAGACCACUGAGUGGAGUGCUUGCUCAAAGACCUGUGGAAUGGGAAUCUCUACUCGUGUUACCAAUGACAAUGAGCACUGCAGACUUGAAAAACAAAGCCGUCUCUGCAUGGUCAGACCUUGUGAAGCCGAUCUGGAGGAAAACAUUAAGAAAGGAAAGAAAUGCAUCCGCACUCCAAAGAUUUCCAAACCAAUCAAGUUUGAGCUUUCUGGCUGCACAAGCGUAAAAACCUACAGAGCCAAGUUUUGUGGGGUUUGCACAGAUGGCCGUUGUUGCACUCCUCACAGAACAGCCACCCUCCCAGUAGAGUUCAAAUGUCCUGAUGGUGAAGUCAUGAAGAAGAAGAUGAUGUUCAUCAAAACGUGUGCAUGCCAUUACAACUGCCCAGGAGACAAUGACAUCUUUGAGUCCAUGUACUACAGAAAAAUGUACGGAGAUAUGGCAUAAAUCCGUAGGACCACACCUAAAAGACUGUAUAACUUGAAAUGACUUUGCAUCUCAUUGCUAAACAUAUUUUUAUAGCACAAGAACAUAUUUAAGAUUGUUUAAAGGAAAGUCUCUGUUUAUAUGACUUGAUUGUUGAAUGACCCCAGCCACUGGUUUGAAGAAAGCAAGAUGAACCAGACCGCCAAAGCUACCCUGGGUGCAAUAUAACAUCACUGUACAUUUGCUGGCAUUACGCAGCAUUCACUGAGUAUAGUGGUCUAUUUUGUACCCAGUCAUGCAACUGGAAAAAGCUCUUACUAUUUUUAUAUACAAUAUAUAAUGAAGCAGCACCGUGGCAGUGACAGCUGGAGUUUACACUCUGGCUCCAUUUUGGUGCUAAAUACAGUAAGUUGUCCUUGUGGGACGACUCAUUGUUAGCCAACCUAAGUAAACAUAUUGAGUGGAAUGGAAACUAUGUUUGUAACAAGACUGGAAAGUUUGCAGCAUACCGUUAAGGCAUGUUGUAAUCUUGCUUUUUAUAGUUAUUGUACAUAAUGUAUAUAUAUUUUUGUACAGUUAUCUAAAUUAACUUAAAAUUGUUUUGUUCAUGUUUUCCAUUUUUAUAAUGCUUAAAUAUUUUGAUAAUCUGUUUUUUUAUUGUAAUGUUUUCGGUUCCCGAUAAGUAAUAAUUGUCUAAAGUAAUAAAAAUCGGAAAUAGAUUAUCAAGUAAAAAUGAUAUACAGUUACAAGGGACUACCUAUGUGAGAUUAGGAAGCAAUAGAUACAAUGGUUAUCAUACUAUUCAAGCUGUAAAGAAAAAAUGCUGAACAUCUAUAACUGCUUAUGAUUUUUACUGUGAUAAUCUGUUUUUACCUUCGUUAUGACUGUACUUUUGUUUUCAACAUUUAUACUUGUUGAGAAGUGUGACCAAAAGGUACAUGUUUGCACU